UUCUUCAUCUACAAGCAGUUCCUCCAGUCAGACAUCGAAUGAUCAACCCACUACCGUACCAUCAAUGGCCGGAAUGGGAACGCAUGCUUUGCUAUUGAAGAGUUUUGCGUUAUUAGGCAGUAUUGCCAUCGGCACUGCUAUCAUACUGGUGGUUUAG